GGCGAGCUCCGCCCAGCCACAGCCCGCCGGAAGCGGACCUGGCGCCUCGGCGUGUGUUUCCGGUGGAGGCAGAGGCGCCUCUGCCGCGGACCGUGUGCGCUCUCGCUGCGUUGCAUCCUCCUCUGGGAGGAUGUUCUAUCACAUCUCUCUGGAGCAUGAGAUCCUGCUGCAUCCCCGCUACUUCGGCCCCAACCUGCUCAACACCGUGAAACAGAAGCUUUUCACCGAGGUCGAGGGGACCUGCACCGGCAAGUACGGCUUUGUGAUUGCUGUCACCACUAUUGACAACAUUGGUGCUGGGGUGAUCCAGCCGGGCCGGGGGUUUGUCCUUUACCCAGUGAAGUACAAGGCCAUUGUUUUCCGACCCUUUAAAGGAGAGGUUGUGGAUGCUGUUGUCACUCAGGUCAACAAGGUGGGACUCUUUACAGAAAUUGGGCCCAUGUCCUGCUUCAUCUCUCGGCACUCUAUCCCAUCAGAGAUGGAGUUUGAUCCUAACUCUAACCCACCAUGUUACAAGACAAUGGAUGAGGACAUUGUGAUUCAACAGGAAGAUGAGAUCAGAUUGAAGAUUGUGGGGACACGAGUGGAUAAGAAUGAUAUUUUUGCUAUUGGCUCCCUGAUGGAUGAUUACUUGGGGCUUGUGAGCUGAGCACCUGGACCUCUUACCUCAAUUCUCCUGAUCUAGGAGGUGUGGCUGUGACACUUCCCAUCUUGUCCAGAAGCUCCAUCUGGCUGCUAUGGAGGGAGCAAGAAAGGCUCCUUGUCUCCAGUAAACAUUUGGAUUUUGUGACUUUGUUACAAGAACUGUGUCCUAACCAUAAAAAGUCCUUAGUUCUUA